AUCCACGUCUCCCUAUCCCCUUGCAUCCUUUACCUUCAUCUAAGACUACACCUAGGAUAACUGCGCUGCACAACAUGCCACAAAAUCUUUCCACAGCUUGCGUACCAAAUUCGAACGGAUCGACCCCAAAAAAAGCAGGACCUGGGAGAAUUAAUGGCGCCAAAGGGCAGACGAUUGUCUGGAGCAACUGCAAAAAAGCAUGCUAUAAGAAAUCCGAAGCCGAGGAAUAUAGAGACCUUGAGAACACAGGGCAAUUGAAGCUUGAGCAAGGCUAGUAAAUAUACACAACAGGGGGAGAAGUCUACAUAAUACAGGAAGAUGGAGGAACAGCAUAAUAAGGAAGUAGCAUUCGUCUCUAGAAAGGAUAAGAUGGCCAAAGAUGUUCAGCCAUCCUUGAGACCAAUUCUUGAUCUCCGUGGAUAGUCAGGCAGCUGUACUUUUCAA